UAGAUUUUUUUUGUCUAAUGACGAGCUUCACUACUAUUACUAAUACAAUACCGAAAUUCAAUAAGUAUUCCCACAUGUCAAUGUUUUCAUAAAAUAAAAUUUUAUUAACACUGUAAGAACAGAUGAUAAGUCAUUCAAAUUUUCGCUAUAAUCGUUAUUCUACAAUUGCACGUGUCCAGAAACAAUGGCAUUCAACUUCCGUUUCCAAUACCGUCAUACGUCGUCAUGUAAAUGCAAAAAACGAGAUUAUUACAUUUAAUUUGAUUUUUUUAAGAAGUGACAGCGAUACUGAAGGAGAUGAUGACUUUCAACCGCUGCCAUAUGUGAACUUCGACACGAGUGACAGCGAGGCUGAAGGGGAUUCCGAGGCAGUGAACAACAACAACAACGUUCCGCCGCCGCCGACCUCGUCCCCUAUACCGCGAGAGUAUCUCUACAAUGACUGGUGACGAGACUGGGGCCUUGAUGGAUCGAGAUGAUGAUGAUUUGCCUAGAGUUACAGAUCCUGAC